AUGACCUUGUAUAAACUUUUGGUGGUUAUAUUGGCGACCUGUGCAAGCAGCUCCGCCGCACCGACAAAACCACUACCCUACGCCGAAUCUUUCGAAGAGGUUAAGCUGACUGAAAAAAUACUUACAGAUAUGGUCUUAUCAAUGGCUGGGGAAAAUCCACACCUGAAUGAUUACCGACGUCAUUACUCAGAAAUCGCACAUACUGUCUACCAUAUCGCCUAUUUCACUGUAAUGGCACAGCGAUGCAAUAAAUCCGUCACAGACGAUUUGUAUGAAAAGCUUUUGGAAGAAUCAGUUACAGAGGUAAUAAGUAAUACGACAUACGUGGUAGAAAUCACACAGCAGUUUCUCGAUGAUUUAAACGCAAAAACACAAGCGAUUCAAAAGUUGGUAAACAUUAGCUGCGCUAAUGACAUUAAUAAAAGAGAUUGCAAUGCAGUAAUCCAAAACUUCAUUCUGAAUGACCCAGAGAAAUAUGAAAAAGAGGCCAGCGCACUUUUAGUUGCCGGUGAAUCUGCCAAAGUAUUUAAUAUCAAUUCUGACAAAUUUGAUUACAUAUCAAAAGAACUGGAGGCACACAAAUAUGUCAUAAGAAAUCCUGUAGAAUUUAAAAAUAUUAUCGAUGCACUUAUAAAAUUGGUUCUAGUUUUAUACCCGACUGAAACUUUUUGCUAA